GAAACACUGAGCUGGGGAGGGGGGAAAAAAACCAAGGGAACAGCAUGAAUGAUGAGCUGAAACCGGCGGAUGAAAUCAGCUGACUGCUCCCGGUGUUUCGAACAGGUUGACGCUGAGGGAGGAGGGAGGAGUGGGAGGGGGAGAGCGAGAGCUGUACCAUCAGAGCUGAAUGUAUAAUCAGCAGCUGCUGCUUCUGUCAUGUGAGCAAUAGCACAGGGGAGGGAGGGAAAAAAAGAGGGAGUGAGAGAGGGAGAGAGAGGGAGGCUGGAGACACCUUGUUCAGUUAGCGUAAUAUUCUGGCUGAAGAUGGAUACAACCGUGAUGAGAGGCGAGUUUCUGCUGCUGUCACCUCGCCCAGGACAGACUGGCACAGGCAGGUCGUAAUGUGGCAAAGCCCCGCCACUUCUCCUUCAGCCCUGCGCUACUGCCACUGUGUAUUUUUAGCAUUUUUAGCGGUGCUCAGGCUUGGCUACGGCUGUUCCAUGUUCUCUGCUCUUUGACUCUCUUCCUCUCACAACAAUGUGUCCUUUUUCUCUCGCUGGCAUCUCUGUUCCGUCGCGUUUUCUGUGUCACGGCAGCCUUUUCCCCGGGAAGCGACUGAUCCGGCCUACUCCCAGGAUGCCUACCUCCGUGGCCGCAGCAGCUACAGUGGAAAUGCCCGUCACAUUCCUGAACCACCGCCAGUAUGCUACCCCAGAGUAGACUGUAAGCCCACGGGCAUGGCCCAGGCGAUGGACUCGACUGGGCAGGUGUGCCGAGAGCCAGCGGCACCUCCGGACCACGGGUACCGCAAGGAGAUCUCCGUUCCUCCCUCUCCUCCUCGGUCGUAUCCAAAAAGCCAAACGGCGGUGUGCAUGCGCAAUGAUGGAGUGAGGACUGUCGUGGUUCCACCAAAUCCAGCCCACAUGGGGCGCAUUGGUCCGACGCACAGGAUGGAUUUCAUAGAUCCGGUGUUUGCUAGGGGGCGGCCCGGGUCACUGGCCCAGUAUCCUCACCCUCGAAAGGCCGACGUCUAUCCCAGAGGUCCAGGAAUGGUUCCCUACGGAGGUCAGGUACCUCACUAUCCGGGCAACCAUCAAAAUAUUGAUUGGCGUACUUAUCAAACGUACAGAGAGUACAUAGACAACAAAGGAAUUCAUUCCCACGGAAGUCGGACUAUCCAGGAAAGGCUGGACAAUUUGCGAGGAGUCAGUCAAACAUCAUUUGGUGCCCCUCAUCACAUUCCUAGAGGAGACUGGGGUCCAAAAGUCGUGCGACGGAGGAGCACUUCCCAUGAUCGCUCUUACCAUGGACCCCCACCUCACUUUCAGAUUGCACCACGCAGUGCCUCGCAGGACCGCAUGAUCAGUGCGGAGAAGAUGAGCCAUGCGAGGAACUGGCCCCCUCGUAGUGUGUCCCAGGAUGGCCUUGUGCACAAAGCCCGGGCGCGCUCCAUGGACUACGUGGACCCUGCAGAGCUGAGCCGGCCCAGCAAUCAAAGAGGGGGUUAUGGGAGGGCAGAACAAGGUACAAGACCCAGCAGACAGUCAAUGCCAAGGCAGGCCAUGCUUUACAGGCCUUCUGUGGGAUAUAGUGGAGGUAUGAGGGGAGGUCCAAAUCCUUCCCUUUACUCUAAAGGACCAGAUUCCCUUCAGACUCGCUCCUCGCCCAUGCUUUCCGAAAGACCGUCACGUUUUGGGAAGAGCACAAGCGCUGACCAUUCAUUUGCUGACCAAAGAGUUCCAGUUAAGUCUACCCAACAAAGCCAGAGCAGGAUGCGGGCUGAGACCAUGCAGCCCAUCGAGGCAUCCAGAGAACCACAGCUCGUGGUUGCACAGCGGUCGUCUUCGUGCUCUACACCCAAAGACACGCCUCAACGACCAAGCAUCCUCAAGCCGCCGCCGCCACCACUUCCACAAGAUGCAGAGAACCAGGUGAACGGUCGCAGCCCCACAGAAUCCGGGGUCGUGAUGAGGGAGAAGCCGCCCUCUGGAAAGCAACCCAGCCCCCUUCGGCAGCCCUCCUACAUUCUGGCCGUAAACGACGAUGGUGCCGACUCCGCGGCGGACGUGGUCGCCUGCUGGCUUCCCAAUGAUGCUCGUCGAGAGAUCCAUAUACGUCGCCUUGAGGAGCAAUGCCACACCUCCUGCUCCAGCAAUCUGGACGAGUCACUGGACCUCAUUCCAUUUAUCGACGAGCCUGUCAGCCCCAGCGUUGACCGGGAGGCUGCUCCGAUCCCCCCCUCCGCCGUCAUAUCUGUCGCUCCAUCUGUAGCCACCGGGCCAUCCAGUCAGGGCUCUCCCUGCCCUACGAUUCGCCGGCAGCUGUCACAUGACCAAGAGUCUCUUCAAAGUGCUUUGCUGGGGUCUGAUUCAACCAGCAAAACAGAGCGGUCCAAGUCCUACGAUGAAGGUCUGGAUAACUAUCAGGAUGAGGCCAGAGGGAGAUCUUCCAGUAAGCACAUGCCCGGCCUCAGAGGUCUGAAAAAGCCACACAAGUCAUCUGGAGACUCUGGAUCUCGAAGGGACUCGUCAUCGGACGUCUUCACUGAUUCUUUCAAAGAAGGGCCGCUGAACUUCAGGCAGCUCAGUACAGAUAAAAAUAAGCGCGUCGGAGGAGGAAUGAGAUCAUGGAAGCAGAUGUACGCCGUUCUGCAAGGACACACUCUGACCCUGUACAAAGACAGGAAAGACGCGCUGUCUCAAGCCUCGAUGCAGUCCGACGAGGAGCCGCUGCGCAUCAGCGUCACGGCCUGCCUCAUCGACAUCUCCUACAGCGAUACGAGGCGCAAGAACGUGCUGCGGCUCACCACCUCCAACUGCGAGUAUCUGUUCCAGGCUGAAGGCCGGCUGGAGAUGCUGUCCUGGAUCAAAGUCAUCCAGGAAAACAGCAACCCAGAUGAAGAGAAUGCUGCUGUAACAAGUCAAGACCUGAUCAGUCGAAAGAUCAGGGAAUACAACAUGAUCAGUGCGCCCAGCAGCAGGUCUGAACCGUCCCCGAAAGCCUCACGUCAGUCCUACAGCAUCAAACAGGCCUUCCUGGGUAAAGUGGAGGGAAAGGUGCACAGUCCACACUCGCCCAAGCCAGGAGAGGAGCGCAGGACGCCGAGAGAUGACUCCAGUCCACCGCGGGACAGAGGCACCUUGAAAAGUGGCAUCAGCCGCAUGAUGAGGAAGCCGUUUGAGAAGAAGGCUCCGGCCGGGAUCACUUUCGGAGUCCGGCUCGAUGAUUGUCUGGCCGCUCAGACCAACAGGUUCGUUCCGCUCAUCGUGGAAGUGUGCUGCAAGGUGGUGGAGGAGCGAGGGCUGGAGUACACGGGGAUCUACAGGGUCCCCGGGAAAAACGCCGACAUCUCCAGCAUGCAGGAGGAGCUCAACAGCAAAGGCAUGAGUGACAUCGACAUCCAGGACGACAAAUGGAGAGACUUCAACGUCAUCAGCAGUUUAUUAAAAUCGUUUUUCCGGAAACUUCCAGAUCCACUGUUUACAAACGAGAAAUAUGAUGAGUUUAUUGAAGCCAACAGAAGAGAAGACCCAGUGGAGCGAUUAAAGGAGCUCAAGAGGCUGAUUUAUGAACUACCAGAUCAUCACUUCGAAACCCUGAAAUUCUUCUGCGCUCACCUCAAGAGGGUUUCUGACAACUGUGAAAAGAACAAGAUGGAUCCACGUAACCUGGCCCUGGUUUUAGGGCCGACGCUGGUCCGGACCUCCGAGGACGACAUGACCAUCAUGGUCAACCACAUGCCGGACCAGUGCAAGAUCGUGGAGAACCUCAUCCAGCAGUACGACUGGUUCUUCACCGACGACGGUGACGAGGAGCCUGUGGCCACGGCGGAGCAGGAGAGCACGGUGCAGUCUCAGCCCGUGCCCAACAUCGACCACCUGCUCUCCAAUAUCGGGCGAACCGCCUCGGCGCCGGGCGAAGUCUCAGACUCAGCAUGUAGUGACUCCUCCAAAUCAAAGCAGGGCUUGUGGGGGUCCGGGAAGGAUCAGUGUAGCAGGGAGAUGCUGCGCUCCUCCUUCUUCGUCAGCCGCAAACGCAAGAAGCCCAAGGACAAAGCUCAGCCCAGCAGUUCAGACGACGACCUGGACUGUGUGUUCAUCAAGACGGAGCUCCAGCAGCCGCAGCAGGAGCCCCUGUGGUCCCCGGAGAGCCGGGCCCAGGAGGAGCAGGAGGAGCAGGAGCAGCAGGAGGCGGCGGAGGGUUCGGAUAAAGACCAGCAGAGGAGCAGCUCGGAGGAGCGGCUGGACCCGGACAGGAAGGAGUCGCUGUCCAGCAGCUCGCAGCCGUCUCCGCCGCCGCCCCCGCAGCUCCUCUCCACCCCCCUCCACGCCGACUCGCCCUACGCCUCGCCGCCCCGCACCCCCGACCUCAGCUACCGCGUACCCAUAAUCCACCAGACCUCCCUGUCCGACCCCGCCUCCACCUGCGAGGACACGGUGUCCGACCUCGGUACGAUGAACAGCACCAGCUCGCAGGCGUCGGCGCCGCGGGCGCGGCGCGGCCGGGCGCCGACCCCGGGCUCGGAGGGCUGCCCCAGCGGGCCGGGAGCCGAGGUGUGCUCCAUCACCUCCGACUACUCCACCACCUCCUCCAUGACCUUCCUGACGGGCGGCGCCGAGGCGCGCUCCGCGUCCGAGAGCCGCGGCGGAGACGACGACGCCGACGACGAGCGCAGCGAGCUGGUGAGCGAGGGGCGGCCGAUGGAGACGGACAGCGAGAGCGACAUGUCGGUGUUCACGGUGGGGAGGGCGGAGCCGAGGGAGGCGCCCCGCCCGCUGCCCUCGCACAGGCUCAUCGAGUGCGACACGCUGUCCAGGAAGAAGGCGGCGCAGCAGAAGACCGACAGCGAGUCGUCGCUGGACGGCGGAGCCCGGAGCGACAAGGAUUCGAACCGGCUGUCCCGGGCGGCGGGCUCCGCUAAGGGCCGCUCCACCGGCAGCCUCAGCUCCUCGUCGCGCGGCGAGCUGGACAAGGCGGAGCCGGCGUGGAAGCUGAAGAUCACAGACCGACUGAAGGUGCGUCUGCGGAUGUCCGUGGACGACAUGUUCGGCGUGGGCAGCCAGAGGUCGCCGGAGGGCCGCGCCAAGAAGAAGAACAUCCGGCGCCGCCACACCAUGGGCGGCCAGCGGGACUUCGCCGAGCUGUCGGUCCUGGCCGACUGGCCGCAGCCGGUGGGCUCCGACCCGCGGUCCGAGCUGUCGGCCGUCGACCGGCUGAAGCCGAAGUGCAGCUCCCAGGACUUCUCCAUCGGGGACUGGAUCGCCCGCGAGCGCCACCGCACCAGCAACCCCGAGGUCAGCCUGGACCCCUCGGACCCGCCGGGCGCCCGCCUCGGGGCCGCCGCCUCCUCGGAACUGACGCGGCGCGCGGCCGAGGCGUCCAACGGCGACGUGCCCGCCGGCAAAAACCUGAGCCUGUCGGCCACCGCCCACCCCCACAAACUGACCGGCUCCCAGGUGGUCCACUCACGCUUCUACCAGUACCUGUGAGGGGGAGGGGGGGCAGAGUGUGUGUCAGUGAGAGAGAGAGAGAGAGAGUGUGAAUGUGAGUGCCUGUGUAAGUAUGUGUGUGUGUGUAUGAGAAAGAGUGUGUGUGAAAAUAGAACCUUACUGCACACAGGGAUCAUUGCUCUUGUUUACGGCAUGGAACAAAAUGUAGUUUUUAUCUUUUUCUUUCAUUUUGUGUGUGUGUGUGUGUGUGUGCGCGUGUGUGUUUUUUUUAAUGACAUGGGCCGUGUGGCUUGUUUCCGCUGUUGUUCGAACGGACCUGUCCAAGUUUCCUCCAGAAAGGUUUUAAAAGUUUUAGCAAAGUGGCUUUAAGGAUGGUGAGACGUAGAAGGAAUAGGAAGUAGUGAGAAGAGACUUUUAGUAUUGCAGAAGAACUAUUUUUGUGUCGAGAGAGUUUCCAUGUUUGGAGUCGGUGAGUGUGUCGGUAACCAAAUGAAGAAUGUACAGACAUGCUUGCUGUAUGCUGACUAAAAGCUUUACAUGCUUGUGUUCCACUUGAAAGUGUACAUAUUCCUAUUUUUCUGUGUACUUGAAGUGUUAUUUGGUACCGCCUGUGUGUGACUGCCUACAAGCUCUCUGCUGUCGGAUACGGAGACCCCAAGCAGCCAAAAUCCCACCAGCAAAGAACAAAAAAACGAACGAACCUUCCACUGUGUCAUGAACUGACCUGUAGACAGACGUACCGCAGCGCGUCUUCAAACCUCCAGUUUAUUUCCACUUCCUGCCUGCUCAUUUCUUUACUCUGACGUCAGAUUCGUUUAAAUCCACAUACUUCAAUUUUGUGUUAUUUAAUCCCCACUUUUUUGAUUUCAGUAUUAAACUGAAUUGAGGCACAAAAAAAGAUGGAAGAUAUUGUGAAAUUAGGUCUAAAUUUAGCUUUUUGAGCCUCAUUGGUGAAAGAUUGGUCAUUGAGACUUCCCACAAACACACAGACAUAGUUCCAGCUGGUUUUUGGGUGCGUUCAUUUUGGCAGUUUGGGGCUUUUCAAAAGGUACAAAGGUGACGAGGAGACACUGGACUUAUGCAAACGAGGAUCAUCUUCUUUUCUCUGCUGGGAGGAUUUACUGUGAAGAGACCAAGAAGAAGAGAAGAGGGGAGGUGGGAUCAGUAAAUCUUACAGAAAGUGCCUCACUAUGAAAUGUAAAGGGUGCCAUACGUGCUCUCUGUGGAGAAACACCAAGAUGUUACUGUGAAUGAUGUUCUUUUUGUUUGUUUUGAAAUCGUCGCCUUUCAGUCGUUCUGCAGGUCCUGAAAAAUGCCGAGCUUCCAUUCCCGAGGCAUCCCACUCCGGUCUUAAUCUCUUUUAUACAUUUGAUUUCUCCCUUCUUUCUCUUUUUUUUUUUUUUUUUUUUUUUUUCCAUUCGAUUUUUAACAGAACUUGAAUUUUAACUGUUGUAAAGAAUAAGUUAAAUGUACAUACCGAUUGCCAUGUUUUUAGCUGCUUUACUCUUCAUUUCCAUCAGACGGCAGGAUUCGGUUCAGUAUUGUGAGAGGAGGAGGAUGAGGAGGAAGAGGCCUGUGCUGGGCUGGUUUGGUACUUCUCAGUGGAGCGACGAUUCGUCCUCGUUCGUAUCCGCGCCGCGUCGCUCGGACUGCGAGCACGCGCACAGAAACACUGGAAAUAAAACUGUCAACGGC